UGCCUGUAUGAGCUGAAGGUACCUUUCAGUGGCUGUGAUAGAAACUGUUGCCGGUUCUUUACCUGGCUUUUGGUUGUCCUUAAGUGUGUUUAUAAUAUGCUCCCAAAGGACAGAAAAGGGGAAACUAUCAGUGUGUGGGUACGAGACCCGAAAAUACAGAAAGAUGACUGGCAUUCAUACUUGGACUAUGAAAUAUGUGUUCAUACCAACAGCAUAUGUUUUACGCUGAAAACCUCUUGUGUCAGAAGAAGAUUCAGGGAGUUUGUAUGGCUCAGACAAAAACUUCAGAGCAAUGCAGUAUUAAUUGAUCUGCCAGAACUUCCACCUAAAAUCCCAUUUUUUAACGUAAGCAAUGCACAGAAUGUGGAACAGCGUGUUCGUGGUUUACAGGAUUUCUUAAAUAAGGUCAUGCAGUGUCCAGUCCUGCUCUCUGACAGCCGGCUACACCUUUUCUUGCAAACUCAGCUCAGCCCAGAAGAAAUUGAAGCCUGUGCAUCUGGACAGACAAAAUACUCUGUUCUUGAGGCAAUCCAUAACUAUGCCAAAUCAAACCGGCGCUUUCCUGUGGAAGAGGAAGAAAAAACAAGUCAUUGCUUGGAAUCUGAGAGGUACUUUCAUGUGCGGUAGACUGGCUUAUUUGGUGUUGUGGUGUAAUGCUCGCGUAAUGAAAAAAUUAAUUGACUGAGAUUUUAUUGAGCUGUGACAGCUUCUCAUAAGAGUCUUUGCACACCUCCACACUGAAUUAAUGGAUGCAGUAGAAAUUCAAUUAUCUGCAUUCUGAUUAUGUGAAUUUCAUUUAGUCAGACUUGAAUUAUUUGCGUUUAAAUUAUCUAGCUUAAAAAAGGAAAAAA